AUGAAGGAAGAUCUUGUGUUCAACAUUUCUUCUUCAUUCAAACUUGGACCAGUCCUCGGCUCUGGAGCCUAUGGUACAGUAUGCAUGGCCCUUCAUAAACCUACGGGGAUAAAGGUAGCCAUCAAACGUAUUGAUCCCUUUGAUAAACCUCUUUCGUGUCUUCGGACUUUGAGAGAAAUACAACUCUUACAAAAGUUUCGUCAUCAUGAGAAUAUCGUCACAAUGCAUGAUAUCCAGAAACCCCCAAACUACGAUGAAUUUAACGAAGUAUAUAUCAUUCAGGAAUAUGUGGAUACUGAUCUAUAUCAUGUGAUCCAGAAACAGGUACUUGGUGAUGAAUACUUUCAAUAUUUCGUCUAUCAAAUACUUCGAGGGUUAAAGAUGAUUCAUAGUGCGAAUGUGAUUCACAGAGACUUGAAACCAAGUAACAUUUUAGUGGAUCAUGAAUGUACUUUGAGAAUAUGUGAUUUUGGGUUAGCUAGACUUGCCAUUUCUCCUCAAGAACAAAGAAAGAAUAAUCUGAUUUCCAUAUUAACAGAGUAUGUGGCUACAAGAUGGUACAGAGCACCAGAGAUUAUGCUUUCACAUUCUCAAUACACUUUUGCAAUCGAUGUUUGGUCUGUGGGAUGUAUUCUAGCAGAAAUGUUUACCGGGGUCCCCUUAUUCCCGGGUAGGAAUCACAUCCAACAGUUAGAACUUAUUUUCCAAUUGUUAGGAACCCCACAAACUCCAGAUGAUUGGCUGGCCAUAGAACUGAAAAGAGCCAGUGAUUUUGUGAAAAUGAGAAUGCCAGAAUGUAAACCGGUGGAUUUGGAUGUGUGGUUUAAUUCUCAUCCCCAGAAAAUAAAACGGUAUGGGUAUACACCAAUCAAUCCCGAAGGUCUAGAUUUGCUCAAAAGAAUGCUUACAUUCGAUCCCCGUAAACGGAUCACUGUGGAUGAAGCUCUAUGUCAUCCUUAUCUUCUGCUUUAUCAUCAGCCGGAAGAUGAACCUACAACAACCCCGUUUGACGUUAGUGAGUUUCCUUAUGAUAGUUGCAAGGACGAUAUAUCAAUUUCUGAGAUGAAAUUGAGCUUGUAUCUGGAAAUAAUCAGUUUCCAUGCUCGUGCUUGA